AUGGCGAAGGAGGAUUUGGUCGUGGAUGCAGGGAAGGACCUGAUCAUGCUGGCACAGACAGGGUCAGGGAAGACAGGCACCUUCGCAUUGCCCAUCCUGCAGGAGCUGCUCGAGAACCGAGCCGGCACCGUGCCUAGCCUCGACGUUUGUGGAGGUGGGCAUCUGCAAGGAGCUGGUGGAGGCGUGCGACCUCAUGGGGUGGAAGGAGCCCAUCAGGGUCCAGGCCGAGGCCAUCCCCACGCCAUCCAGGGGAAGGACCUGAUCGCGCUGGCGCAGACAGGGUCGGGGAAGACGGGCGCCUUCGCAUUGCCCAUCCUGCAGGAGCUGCUUGAGAACCGCGACGUCCAGCAUUCUUUCUUUGCUUGCGUCCUGUCACCAACGAGGGAGCUGGCGAUUCAGAUUGCAGAGCAGUUUGAGGCGCUCGGAUCAGCUAUUGGUUUGCGUUGCUCAGUGCUUGUUGGUGGAGUGGAUCGGAUGCAGCAAGUGUUAUCCCUUGGGAAACGUCCUCAUAUUGUGGUUGGAACUCCUGGCCGUCUUUUGGACCAUUUGACAGAUACAAAAGGUUUUAGCCUUAAGAAAAUCAAGUAUUUGGUAUUGGAUGAAGCUGAUAAAUUACUUAAUGUGGAGUUCGAGAAAGCCCUCGAUGACAUUCUACAAGAGAUCCCUAAAGACAGGAGAACUUUCCUUUUUUCAGCAACAAUGACCAAAAAGGUAAAUAAACUGCAGCGGGCUUGUCUCAGGAAUCCUGUUAAGGUUGAAGCGGCCUCAAAAUAUUCUACAGUGGAUUCGCUUAAACAAGAGUUCUACUUUGUUCCUGCAGAUUACAAGGAUUGUUAUCUUCUUCAUGUUCUGAAUGAGAGGCGAGAGAGCAUGAUCAUGAUCUUUGUGCGCACCUGUGAAUCUACUAGGCUCCUUGCUCUCAUGCUAAGGAAUCUUGGUUUAAAAGCUAUGUCUAUCAGUGGCCAAAUGAGUCAGGACAAGAGGUUGGGUGCUUUGAACAGGUUCAAAGCAAAAGAUUGCAAUAUCCUUAUUUGCACUGAUGUGGCAAGUCGUGGUCUUGACAUUCAAGGAGUCGAUAUGGUCAUCAAUUAUGAUAUUCCAAUGAAUUCUAAGGAUUAUGUUCAUCGGGUGGGUAGGACUGCCCGUGCAGGGAGAUCAGGAUAUGCUGUAUCUUUGGUAAAUCAAUAUGAAGCCCAGUGGUUUGUGCAGAUUGAGCAGCUCCUUGGCAAGAAAAUUGACCAGUGUAAGGUGGACCCAGAUGAAAUCAUGAUACUUAAAGAGCCCAUUUCCGAUGCAAAGAGAAUUGCUCUAACGAAAAUGAAGGAUUCAGGCGGCCACAAGAAGCGGAGAAAGCUGGGAGAUGAUGAUGACGAGGAGGAAGACCGUGCUCAUUCUAAAAGAUCGAAAUCCUUCAAGAGAUCUAACAGACGAUGAAAGCCCUGGAGUUUGGCCUGCUGAGUUAGAAUCCGUGUGUACAGCUCCUCAAAUAUUAGUCCAUUUUGUGUACGUCUGGUUCAGUGCCAACCCUGUGGAUUCGCAGUGAUGCACCUGCUAUUUAGGUAGUGUUCGGGAAGUUCGGUCAGUUUUCCUUAUGUCGACGCAAUGACCUAAGUCACCCAUUUUUGUUGUCAUAGACCAUGUUAUUAAAGGAAACCACUAGUGUUCAAAUCUGAGCCAUUUCAUCGCUUUGGUUUGGUUA